AUGUCAAACGAUGAAUUCUCCCACGACAUUGCCUUAUUGAAGACUAAAAAGACGAUAAAGUUUGAUGGUUUUGUGGAACCAAUCCAGCUUGCUUAUACUCCAAUUGUGAAAAAUAAAGUAGCUACAAUAGCUGGAUUCGGUUAUUCAGAAAAAAUGGACUUUAGACCCAGAGAAGGGAAAGUACGGUUGUACUACUGUGGUGUUAGAAGUGGAGUUUUGUGUUCCAACGGUCCAGUAAGAAGCGCUAAGGGAGAUUCUGGUGGACCACUUAUAAUAGAUGGACAAUUAUCUGGUGUUAUAUCAACGAGUUGUUUGAAUGAGUACAAAACUAAUAACUGUAGAACAGUAUAUGUUAAUAUUUUAGAAAAUUAUUUAUGGAUUAACAUCACCAUAUCCGAGAAAUAA